AUGGAGUAUCACCAUACCCGUUCAAUGGAGCAGGGGAACCCUCAGCCACCAGCUCCCCAACCUCAAUGGGGUUACGGCUGGGCACCAGCAGCGCCCGCGCCGCGAAACAAACGUCCUCACUCUGAUAGUGAAGAUGAUGCGUUCUCCGAAGAGAGCAGCAAGGAUGCACAGUCAACUGGUGGCGACUCCUGUCAACUUAUGACGCGUAAACGACGGCGGGGAGUGAUCGAGAAGAAGCGUCGCGACCGCAUCAACACCUCUCUUACCGAGCUCAAGAGGCUAGUGCCGGCGGCCUGCGAGAAGCAAGGUAGCGCGAAGCUGGAGAAAGCAGAAAUAUUGCAGCUCACAGUGGAUCAUCUCAAGAUGCUACAUGCUAAAGGAUUAGACACAUUCGCUUACGAUCCUCAACGUUACGCGAUGGACUACCACAGCAUCGGCUUCAGGGAAUGUGCGGCGGAAGUCGCGAGGUACCUUGUCAGCUGUGAAGGUCUGGACAUCCAGGAUCCACUCCGGCUGCGCCUCAUGAGCCACUUACAGUGCUUCGCUGCGCAACGGGAGCUGGCGGCGAAGUCGGCUAACUGGGGCUACCCGCAGUACCCAGCUGCACCGGUUCCCGCUCAACCCCAGCACAGCUACACGGAGCUUGGGCACAGGCAAGACCCAGCAACAUCCGCUGGGGCAACAACGCUGACUGCUCCUUCUUCGAUCGCUGCUCCUCUUUCAGCACCGCCUAGUUACCCGCACUAUCCCCCCGCACCUCCUGGACCGCCGGCACCCCCUGGUCCUCAUCCAGCCCCACCUGCGCCGCACUACCCAACACCUUAUCCACAUCACCCACCUCAUCAUCAGUACUCUCAAAAUACCUCCAAACCCUACAGGCCUUGGGGUGCGGAGCUAGCGUACUGA